UGCCCUCCGACCACCACCUUUCCCUUCUCUUCCCCUUCAGAUGGCUGUCCAGCUGAACAAAAUUCUGUUUAGCUCGCGUCUGCGACACGUCUAUGACGCCUGGAAUAAUGCCAGCGCGAACGAUGAUUACGGAUCGUUAGCCAGCACAGACGCACUUCUCUUUGCUGCAGGAGACCCCGCGGGCGAGGAUGAGCCUAUCCGAAAAGGCACCGCUUUCCAGACGUGGUUAUUGGGUUAUGAGUUCCCAUCAACGUUCAUACUGUUCGAGAAAGAUAAAAUCUGGUUUCUUAGCUCCAUGAAGAAAGCAAAAAUUCUGGCCCAAAUACAGAAUGCUAACACACCCGUUCCCGUCGAGGUUCUCGCCCAAGCGAAACCGAACGAGCCCCCUACAGAUGCUUUACCGAAGCUGGUCGAACGGUUCACCUCUCAUCAACGUGUCGGCACUCUCCUCAAAGAAUCGCAAUCGGGGAAACUCGUCAAUGAGUGGAAUCAGGCGACAGCCGAAUCAUCGUCAAAACCGGAGAUGUUGGAUAUAGCGCCUGCAGUAGCCACUCUCCUGGCUGUGAAGGAUGAGGAAGAGCUCAAAAUCAUCCGCACCGCCGCUAAUCUUACUUCGACACUCAUGACUCAUCAUAUAGCAGUAAAAUUGGAGACUAUCCUGGACCGAGAAGCCAAAAUAUCCCAUGAACAAUUUGCCGCACAAAUUGAGAUGCGCCUGGGGUCCGGUGAAGGCGAUAAAGCAAAAGGUCCCGAUAUGAAAGUAUGGAGUAAAGGUCGCCUGACAGACGUCGACUGGCAGUCGACAGAGUUCUGCUAUUCCCCAAUCAUCCAAUCUCGAUCUUCCAGUUCUGGCUAUGACUUACGAUUCACUGCUGAGUCGACUGAGGAUAACAUCGCUCACGAAGGUGUCAUCUUAGUGUCCGUGGGCAUGCGGUAUAAGGGAUACUGCGCCAACUUGGGGAGGAGUUUCAUUGUCAAUCCGACCAGGGAGCAAGAGGCUAUCUACGGCUUACUAGUAUCCUUACAGACGUCACUACUGUCAUUCAUCAAAGAAGGUGUGACGGCCCGAGACGUCUACCAGCAUGCACUCUCUUUCGUAAAGGAGAAGAAGCCCGAGCUGGAGAAGCACUUUGUGAAGAACAUUGGAUUCGGAAUUGGCAUGGAAUUUCGCGAUUCCACCUAUCUCAUUUCUCCCAGAAAUGGCCGGCCGCUGAAGGCGGGGAUGACAAUCAACCUCGUUCUGGGAUUCUCAGAACUUCAAGAGGAUGGCGGAAAGAAAUACGCUCUCCAACUUGCUGAUACGAUCUUGGUUAACCAAGAGAAGAGCACGCUGCUGACCGAAGGAGUCAAGGCACCCAAAGAGACAUUAUUCUUCCUUAAUCCCGCCGACGGAGAUGAAGCGAAGCCUUCUGGCAAGGAGGCCAAGAAGCCACCAGCAAAACCCGUGGCGAAUGGGCAUGGGUCACCUGUGAAGAACAAGACUGCCGGCGGGAAGGUGCUCCGUAACAAGACUCGGAGACAGGAGGAAGAGCUUCAGUCCACGCUGGCUCGGAUAAUGGAACACCAGCGCGAAUUGCAUGCACAGCUUCAAGCGGAAGGACUAGCCAAGUACUCCGAAGGCGGAGGAGGCUCUGGUGGUAAAGAAGGCAAGACUUGGAAACGAUUCCAGAGUUACAAGGGAGAAAUUGCUCUACCUCGAGAGGUUGAAAAUCUGCGCAUUUAUGUCGAUCGCAAGGCGCAGACCGUCAUCCUCCCUGUCUAUGGUUUCGCUGUUCCGUUCCACAUCAACACUAUCAAAAAUGUCAGCAAGAAUGACGAAGGUGACUAUACGUACCUACGCAUCAACUUCCAAACGCCUGGUCAACUGGCAGGUAAGAAGGAAGAUACGCCCUUCGAAGAUCCAGAUGCGUCGUUCAUACGUUCCAUGUCUUACCGGUCUGCGGAUGGACAUAGAUUUGACUCAAUCGCGAAGCAAAUCACAGACUUGAAAAAGGAAGUGAACAAGCGCGAGCAACAAAAGAAGGAAAUGGCGGACGUCAUUGAGCAAGACACCCUGGUAGAGGUCAAGGGUCGCCGACCACAGAAGCUUCCGGAAGUUUUUGUACGACCAGCCCUGGACGGCAAGCGUUUGCCGGGGGAGGUGGAAAUCCAUCAGAACGGUCUGCGAUACCAGUCACCUGCUAGUUCGCAGAAGUUAGAUGUGUUGUACAGUAAUAUCAAGCAUCUGUUCUUCCAGCCAUGCGAUCACGAACUGCUUGUCAUUGUCCACAUUCAUCUCAAGGCGCCGAUCAUGAUUGGCAAACGCAAAGCCUGGGACGUGCAAUUCUUCCGCGAAGCCUCUGACGUCCAGUUCGACGAGACAGGAAAUCGGAAACGAAAGUACCGGUACGGGGACGAGGACGAAAUUGAGAUGGAGCAGCAGGAGCGAAAGCGGAGGCAGAUGCUCAACAAGGAGUUCAGAAUGUUCGCCGAAAAAAUCGCCGAGGCUGCGACUGCAUCGACCGGUGACACGCUAGAACCUGACAUUCCGUUCCGAGAGCUGUCCUUCGAGGGCGUGCCGUUCCGGACGAAUGUCCGACUGCAGCCCACGACGGAGUGCCUUGUGUACCUAUCAGAUCCACCAUUCCUCGUUGUCACUCUGAGCGAGAUCGAGAUUGCAUCACUAGAGCGUGUGCAGUUCGGCCUCAAGCAGUUCGAUCUGGUCCUCAUCUUCAAGGAUUUCACGAAACCUCCUCUCCAUAUCAAUUCGAUUCCGAGCGCGCAGCUCGAUGAUGUGAAGAACUGGUUAGACUCGGUCGAUAUCCCGCUCAGCGAGGGCCCCGUCAAUCUUAACUGGGGACCCAUCAUGAAGACGAUCAACGAGGACCCCUAUGAUUUCUUCCAGCAAGGCGGAUGGAGUUUCCUGGGCGGUGCCACGGGCGGCGAGAGCGACAAGGAGGAAUCCUCGGAGGAAGAGUCCGAGUACGAGGAGGAGCCGGCGGAGUCUGAUUACUCCGAGAGCGAGGACGAGGAGAGCGACUACGGCGACUCUGCUGGGAGCGACGAGGGCAGCGGGUCUGACUUUGACGACGACAGUGACGGGGACGAUUGGGACGAACUGGAGCGCAAGGCGGCGAAGUCGGACCGAAAGCGCGCGGAGGAGGGACGUGGGGCAGACUCUGACGAUUCGGACGCGAAGCCGAAGAAGAAGGCGCCUGCGAAGACGAACGGGAAGAGCAAGGCGCGGCGUUGAAUCUUUGUGUCGAGUACGCGUCGGCGUGGCUGUUUGGGAUUUACUGUAUCUUUAUCGUAGCUGUCUUCAUAUGCUAUCUCGUUUUGACUGCGUUAUGCUCGUCAGAGGUGUGGACGGGAACACUGCCGUGC